AUGGAAUUCAGUGUGCUACGAGAAGCUAAAAACAUUAAUUAUUCAUCCCUUGAGAGAAGCUUAGACCAACCAAAAAAAAAAAACAAAUGGCGUCCAUAUUGAAAGCCUGCCUUGUUUCUAUCUUUGUGUUUUUGGUAUCUUCAAACACUUUGAUCUAUGGAGUUGAUGGAGCUGGAGAGUGCGGGAAGACCCCGAUAGGGUCAGCUGCGGCGAGCCUUAGCCCUUGCUUGGGUGCCGCAAAGAACGCCAGGGCUAAGGCUCCCCCAGCUUGUUGCAGCAAAGUUGGUGCUUUGAUCAAUAGAGCUCCAAAAUGCCUCUGUGCUGUCCUGUUGUCACCUUUGGCUAAGAAAGCUGGUAUCAAUCCCGGGAUUGCUAUUUCUAUCCCAAAGCGUUGCAACAUUAGGAACCGACCUGCUGGGAAGAAGUGUGGAAGGUUUGUGGUGCCAUGAAAAUAAAGCAGGAGAGUGAGACUGGGGCCACAUAAAAGGGAGAUAGGUAGCAAUUCUUGUGUUAGAUCACGAGAUUGAGAGUAAUGUUGAAUAAAAUGGUAUGGGAGAUUGGGUCAUCCACAUCUACUACUUGCAUCAACGACCCAUCCCACCUAUGUACUACUAUAUGGUUUCUGUGUUUAUGUUGACUAUGGUGUUUAUCUAAUAAAUUGUUUGUGUUUUCCAUUGA